AUGUCCUUGUCGAAACCCUGGAAUCAUUUCGGUCCUCACCAUCCCUUCCCGGAGAAACAGACGUUUGCCGGCCUCUACAGGGACGCCCCGUCAUCUUUGGUUUCCUCGCGAGGCCUCUCUCUACCCUCUGCCUUUGCCCCUGAUUCUUCGGUCAACAUGAAUGCCCUUUCCCCUGAUGAGAUGGAGCGCUUCCAGAAGCUCUCGAAUGAGUUUGAGCCUGAUGUGCAGGGCCCUCUGGUGUCGACAAAACAGUCGAGCCAUUCGAUUGCCUUGGACUACGCCAAUGCUGACCCUACCCUGUCCACGAAGACGAACGCCCUUGCUGUGACACAUCCCAUGAGCCGGAUCAUGAAAGGUGAUGGGAAUUGUGGUUGGAGAGCCGUGGCCUUUGGCUAUUUUGAGACUCUUUUUGCCCUCCGGGAUCCACUUCGUCUGCAGCGCGAGCUGGCUCGGAUCAAGUCACUUAACUCGCUUCUAGAUCAGGUCGGACAGCAGGAGCAUCUGUACGAGAUUUUUGUCGAUGCUACGGAAGAUAUCUUUAGUCAAGCCUCUGCUGCAAUCCAGAAUGGCGUCCAGGAUGAGACAUUUCUCGUUGAUGCGUUCAAUGAAGAGUAUAGCUCCAGUGCUGUCAUUACUCAUUUCAGACUCAUGACCAGUGCGUGGAUGAAACUCAACCCGCAUCGGUAUCAAGCUUUCCUGUCCCUACCGCUGGACCAGUAUUGCGCCACGCAGGUUGAGACCGUGAGGACGGAAAUCGACGAAGUUGGCCUGCAGGCGCUGGUCGAUGGUGUGAUCGAGGGCGCCGGGUUUGGAGUUGAGAUUUUGUAUCUCGACAGAAGCGAAGGCGAUGCGGUGACGCCGCACCAGCUAUCUCCCAAUCGACCCAGCGGGGCGACCAUUCGCUUGCUGUACCGACCAGGCCACUAUGAUCUUCUCUACCGAGCCGAACCUUCUGUGAAUAUGGCACCCGUGGUCAACUACCAAUACGCAAUGACUUCUAACUGCUCCCCCUGGGAUCAAGGUGCUCUCUCCUUCGACGUCAACUCUCACUUGAUGUCCAUCCCCAAUCUCAUGGCGGAUCCGUCCUUCGCGAUGGCACCGCCCAUGUCUCCCAUGCCCUCGGUGUCGCCAUCCCCCGCCAGCUCCUUUCGGGUGUCUCCCCCACAGGACCUGUACCAGUCGCCCAUGCAGACCCAUGCACCCGUUCCCUCUAUCCCGGUUUCCUCGCCCUCUUCCAUGGUGUCCGCGCCGCCGCCGCCGAUGACUUCGCUGCCGACCCGAUCGUCGGAUGGGCCGCAGAUUCGACUGAAUCCGUUGGUGAUGAAACCUAAUUUGAGUCACUCGCUGCCGGUGACCACUCCGUUUAAAAAGUGA